CAUUCGGGUCCCAGAGGGGACCUUGAGGUUCCAAGAUGAAUGACAGCCUAUUUGUCAGUUUGGACAGGCUUUUGCUAGAAUUUGUUUUCCAGUAUGAGCAAGAUAUAAGUACUAAAGAAGAUAUGAUUCAACGAAUUAACAAAUGCUUUGAAGAUGUUAAAGAAAGCAAGGUGAUUAUUUGUAAGAUACAUGAAACUAUAAAUACGACAGAUGAGGAAAUUGGCCACUACUGUAAACAUAGUAAAGAGAUCAAAGACAACUGUAGUAACUGGAAGCCAACAUGUGAUGUUUUUCAUAAACAUGAAGUCUAUAUGCAGGACCAAUUUACUGUUUAUCAAGAAGCUAUUGAAAAAGACAAAAAAAUGUACCAUGGUUAUGUAUGUCAGUAUAAAGAUGUUUUGAAGCAAUAUCAACUAAAAUACUCAGAAACACCUCUUUCACGUGAAUAUUAUGAAAAGAAAAAAGAACAUGAAGAAAUUCAAAAUAGAGUGUUGGCAUGUUCUGAACAACUAAAAAUGAAUGAAACUAUCUUUAUGGAAUUUUUAGUGCCUGCUCCUUUUCCAUCACUUACUAAAUGGACAUUACAUAUUGUUAAUGUGAGAUGUAAAACACAAGAUAUUCUUAAACAUGCCAGCAAUUUUUCCAAAAGUUCAUCUGAAUUGAAGAAAGAAGUAGAUGAAGUGGAAAUAGAAAUUAAUUACUUAAACCAGCAAAUUGCAAGACUUCAUGAAACUAAGAAUCUUGCCGAAACUCUGGAAGAAAAAAAUAAAAAUAUAGAAAAGAGAAAGGAAUUGAAAGAAAGAAUUUUUGAAAAAGAUGAACAUGUACUUAUAUUGAAUAAAGCCCCUCAAAACAGUCAAUUAUUUCUUCUAUAUGAAGCUGAGAAACUAGUCAGACCAGUGAAAAUGCAUUCUUCAGAGGCAAGAGUUGUAGAUAGAAAAGAAGAAAGUUCUGUGAAACAGUCAAAGGUUGCCAGUAUUGACAUUAGGCAGAAAGAAAACAACAUGCAGGUACCUACUGACUCUCCUGCGAAUAAACAUUCAAAAUGCUCAGAUGUUGUGACUGUUAAAAAUUCACAGAAUAUGAUGCAUUUCAGAUUGUUAACCCCACAGAAACAAUCAAAUUGCAAUCAGUGGUUUGAAAAAGGAGAUACAGAUGCUGAGUGUGAAGAUAAAGGGACAGUAAGACCAUUGAGGGAAUCAAAAUGUAGUUCACAAGUUAUAUGCGCAGAACAUUUUGGGAAGUCAAUAGAAAAUAAUAGUGAUGAAGUAGAAGAAAGGACUGAGAAUUUUCCACAAACUCCUGAAAUUCCUUUAUUUUUAAGAAUUCCUGAAGCUGUGAAAACACCUGAACCUUUGGAGAAAUUAUUGUUUCCUAAAACCCCAUCUUUUGAAAUAAAUAGAAAUAUAACGCUUGAAGGUCAAUCACAAAAGGAAUCCCCUGGAUUUUCUUUUCUUAUGAAUUAUACUUCUAGAUCUCCUGGAUUGAAUUUAUUUGAUUCUACUAUGUUUGAUUCAGAAAUCUCAUCAGAUCAGCUUAAUGAACAUUAUUCUGCAGGAAAUUUAAAUCCUCUUUCAUCACAACAAGAAAUUGGAAACUUAUUUGGGAAACCAGAAGGAGAAGAUGCCUUUACAUUUUCUUUUUCAUCAGACUCUUCAACUCAUACAUUUGGAACUGGAAAAGAUGAUUUUAGUUUUCCAUUUUCAUUUGAACAGGAUCAAAACUCAACACCUUCUUCUGUAAAAGGUUUUUCAUCUUCCUCACAAAAUACAAUGCAAUUUACCUUUUUUUGA